GUGUGUCGCGGAUGAGAGGUGGUGUUGUUCAUGACGUUGCGUGGUGUACCCCGCGAGCGGUGCCGAUCAUCGGGAUACCCGCAACAUCGGAUACAGCGAGCGAGAGCAAAGAGAGGAAGAGAGAGAAACGGAGUGACGACGAGAGAGCGCGGCGAGCCUCCCACCCAGUCGACGACUAGCCGAGCUAGCGAGUUGACCGAGAGCUACCGUAGAUCGUCGGGACCAACGGAGUUUCGGUCAUUCAGUCACCGAGUCACUCAGUCACUGACGGAGUCAAUCGCGACGAUUUACCGGCGAGCGAUCGAGCGCAGAACCCCGAGGCCGUGCGUACCACUUAUUUUUCAACUUUUAACGGAGCUGAUUCGGAGAUUCUCGCGUCGAUAGCAUCGCUACUACGCAGAGUCUACGCGAGAGAUCGAGGUUCAUUCGUCUACGAAAUAAAAGCGACGCGGAUUGAUAGAGGAAGCGCAGAGAGGAAUAAAAUCGCCGAUGUCGCGACCGAUAGAGAACGGCACAUGCUGUGCCGCCGGCGGUAACAAUACGUUAUCGAAGAGGAUGAACACGCGGACGUCGCACGUACGACUACUCCCGUCGCAGCCGUACGCUCGAGCCCGUUAAUUGUUAUCGUGUGUUUAUACCGCGCUGCGCGAGGAAGGAACGAACGUUACGUACGCGUACGUAUACGUAUAUAUAUAUAUAGAUAGUAGGCAUAUAUGCGAAAGAGGUGAAGACGUCGAAGACGACAACGCGCGACGAGGACGAGAACGUUUCAUACUCCGGUCUCGCGGUUAUAAGCGCAGUCGGGCAAGAGGCGCGGUGCUGUUUGCCAGCGAGCCAGCGAGCUUCGAGUUUUUCCCUCCCACCCUUCUUCUCGCAUCAACAGUGUAUCCCGAGUUGCGUGUGUCGUGUGUCGUGUGUCACGAGUUUUGUGCAGUGAACGGUUAAUAGACCAGUGCUCGAGCGACCCAGAGAUAAAUAAAUUGAAAAAUGGAGCGAUAGACCGAUCGUACGUGCGCGCGCUCGUUAAUCCCGCAGUGAGAAAAGGAAAUUGAGAGAGUUUCGAGUACACACCGCUCAAAGGAAUAGAAUAGUUGUAGUAGUAGAAGCGCGAUUUAAAACAGUGCCAGCAGAUAUCCGACGGACCCGGAUAUAUCGUCGUUUCGUAUGCCGUGCCUUUAUAUAUAAACGUCCACUGUCUAUAAGAAAUAUUUGACGCCGCUUGUAGAAGCGAGUGAGUCGGUCAAGAGCGAGAAACUUGAGAGAGGUGAGAAGCGAGAGGAGAAAGAGUUGCGCGCGGAAUCCAAGAUGCUUUUCCACGCCGGUAUGAUUUUCCGUCUCGUUUUGACGAUGGUGUGCUGGGCCGCGAGCUCCCAAGCGCGAAGAGUCGCGCCUCUCAUCGAGGACGACUGGGCCAGAAGACCUCACAGGGCCGCCGAAUGCACCUUCGGGAAACAAGUCCGGGAGCUGGGUUCGACGUGGUACGCUGAUCUGGGACCACCCUUCGGAAUAAUGUAUUGCAUCAGAUGCGAGUGCAUACCGGUCCAGAAAAAACGAAGAAUCGUUGCGAGGGUGCAGUGUCGAAACAUCAAGAACGACUGUCCGAAAACAAACUGCGAGGAGCCCGUGUUGCUGCCUGGAAGAUGCUGCAAAUCGUGUCCCGGUGAUUUCAGUCCCGAUAUCGUGCAAGAUCUGCCGGCGCAAAUGACCUCGGAGGAGGAAGAAAGAAGCCUCAAACAUUUCGGUACUUUACUAACGGGGAAGAGUUCGCAAUCGCUUCGCCGGGAGGAUCAAACGAUUUCGAUGAUGCGAAACAACGCGUACAACUUUGUCGCGACGGGACGUUUCACGUUCAACCGAAAGAAUCUCUAUUACUCGUUCUAUCUCGGUGAAUCGACGGGCCGUCCGCGAAAUUUGCAAUUCGUCGAUGACGCGGGGAACAUACUCGAGGAGCAAACGAUCGAUCCGGUCGGCGGGGUGUAUCAGAACGCGACCGGUAAACUGUGCGGGGUCUGGAGACGAGUGCCCCGUGAUUAUAGAAAGUUAUUGCGCGAGGAGCGGCUUCACGUUGCUCUCGUAUGGGAAACGAAUUCGAUACUGACGGGACGAUUGUCUCGUUACAGAGCUCUCUCGAGCGAGCAAUUCUCAGCGCUGUUGGAACCGAGCGCGGGUGUCGAUAGAUCGCUCAUGUCGGGAGCGGGCGCGACCGCGAUCGUAUCGGCCUCGACCGCCUCGGCUCCCUCGGUCCAUCUCUCCCUCGUCUUCAACGGUUUAUUUCUACCGAACGACUUGGCCGACGUCGCGAUCACGAUCGUACUCGAACACACCGAGAAGGAUUACGUCGUUCUACGGGAAGACAUUAUCGUGAAAAAGCCAUCGAACGAGUUGAACUUUGGCGAGGUCAGAAGCGCCCUGUCCGGGGCGGACCUUCGUCUGCUCACACGGGGCAAGCUCUCUUUGACGAUCAUGUCCCGCAAGGAUCCUCAGGCGUUGAGACUGACGGGGAACGUUGCUCCGCGAGCCAGUUGCGACAUUUAUCAAGCGCUCUUGUCCUCCGAGGUUCCUUCGAGCUCGUCCGGAUUGGCCUGGGCCUUUCUCGAUCGACAGGGAGCUCUUCGAUACGGCGUUCGACUGAUCGGUCUCGAGGAGGAGAGUCCCCUCGUCACGCUCGUCGACGACGGUGGUAGCGGCGGCGGCGGCGGCGGCAACGGCAACGGCAACGGAAAUGCCAAAAGGCGCACGGAACUCGAGGAUUUGACGCCCUCUCUCGUCGGUGGACUGGCGAACGGUUCCCUCGAAAGACCGGGUCCUCGUCUCCUGGAGCCUCUCUUCAAGGGCGAUUUAUCCGUCGUCGCCGCUUCUCACGUCGGAUCUCUGUUGCGCGGUAGACUCGUUCAGAGGCCGGUCGCCGAUGCGAAAGACACAGGAGCGCCGGUUCUCCUGCGCAGGUUGAGCCAAGAGCCCGUUUACCCCGGAGCGGUCGGUCUCGUAUGGGCCGCGAUCGAUCUCGACUGCGCUCUCCAUUACGAGCUCGAGGUAACCGGGUUACCCGGCUUCGUCGGCGUCUCCGCGAGCCCGACGUCCUCAUCCCCCGCCGAGCCGCCGCAGCAGCAGCAGGCGCAAAGAUCGCUUCUUCGCUUGUACCUGGAAACGAUGCCCCUUCUGGCCCAAGGUGCUCCCGUCUCGAGAAGAUUGCUCGAAGAAUUCACGGGCAACGUACUCGAAGGCUCGGUCACCGGACUCUCGCCCGUCGAGCUCUUGCGCAUCGAGUCCGGAAUCGGUUUUCUCGAGGUCACGGACAAACAGACCGGCAGACUCCUCAAAGCCCCGUUCAAAGCUCGAGCGCCCCUCAGCUGCCUUCCGCAUUACGCGGACAACGACGUCGCCUCCGUCGUCGCUUACAACCUCCAUCCGCCGACCUCCGAAAUCGAGACCGGAGCCUGCUUCCAUGAAACGAGAUUCUACGAGGAAGGAACCCAGUGGAAAUCGGGAUCGGAUCCCUGCUCCAUGUGCCAUUGCUAUCGCGGCUUGGCGCAAUGCGAUCCCGUUCCCUGUCCCGCUCUCACCUCCUGCCCCGUCGCCAAACGAAUCAAACCACCGCCCGGACACUGUUGUCCCAUAUGCGCCGGUCCCGCUGACAUCGGUGGGAGCGACAACGCGACGGUCGCCCGGGACAACGCAUCCGUUCCGAGCAGAGGCUGCACUCUCGCUGGUCACUUUCAUCUGGCGGGGGCUUCUUGGCAUCCUUAUUUACCACCUUCCGGAUUCGAUACGUGCGCGGUCUGCACAUGUGACCCGGUAAGCUUGGAAGUGAAAUGUCCGAGGGUGGAAUGCCCGGCUUUGGAUUGCGACGAGAAAACAGCGGUGAGGCCGGACAAGAAGGCGUGCUGCAGGCAAUGUCCAGCGGCAGCGAUGACGACCGCAUCGACCGGUGGGGACAUGUUGCCUCGCGAUCAAGCGGCCGGUGGUGUCGCCUCCGGAACAAUCGUGACGUCGCCGACGAGACGCACUCCCGAAGAGAUACUUUCCUCCGGUGGCUGCAAGUAUCCGAUGGGUGGUCCGUACGAGAACGGCAAAGAGUGGCAUCCGAGAGUCCACUCCCACGGCGAAAUGAAAUGCGUCAAAUGCCGCUGCAAGAACGGUGAGGUGAGAUGCGAUCGUAAGAGAUGUCCACGCUCGUUGUGCAACUCGAUAGCGAAUCAGCUGAAGCGAGGUGAGCAAGUAGCGGAAGCGGACGAUUGUUGCACGGCCCAGUGUCGCCGGGCCCGGCGACAUCAUCGCAACCACCAUCACCAUCAUCAUCAUCAUCCGCCCAAGCAUUCGGUGACACCCCGAGAAUUGAGCUGAGCGAAUCGAACGACGAACGAGCGAAAAUGUAGAGCAACGAGCCCAAACGCUAUGAAGAAGGGAUUGAUCGUACUCCGGCCAAGAGUCCAUUGACAGCGGCGCAUCCUCGGAGCUUCCCGAAACGUUAAUCAAACAGAGCUUUGUAAAUCAGCGGCUAUUUCCAUGACACUCGGAGAACGCCUCGUACAACGAUCGAUGUGUUGGUACGACGCUGCUCUCGAGCUCCUACGGAACGAUUAUUCGAUUACUGAACGUGGGCAUGUACUCGGGGACAGAAAGAGAGUGGGGAUGGUGGAUCCGGAAGUACACGCGUCGAGGAGCAGACGACGCAACGACAGCGAUUUCUCUCUUUCUUCCUCCGAUCCCAGUAGCAAAUCCGACAGUCUUUAUCCGAUCUAAAAGUAAUUUAAAAAGAAGAUGAACAAAAGAAAAAGAAACAAACAAUAUUAGAGGCGCAAGGAACAUACCCACCAACCUCACCGAGUUACCCAGCAACCAAAGAAGACUGAAGAACCUCGAUGGCGGCGGCGGCGGCGGCAGCGGCAUAAGUUAUCGCGUUACACGAUUUACUAAUUAUUUACUCCAGCUUAAUUGUUAUUAUCAUCGUCAUUAUCAUUAAUAUCACUACUGCUAUAUCGAUUAUUAUUAUUAUUAUCAUUAUUAAUAUGAUCAUACUAUCAUUUAUGAUGUAGGAAUAAUUGGCGAUUAUAUCGAUGCUCUAUGAUAAUAGAAUAGUGCACCGGAUUAUGAGAAAGGAGGGAAUACUCGAGGAGCUAUCUUCCUCCCUGCUGCUCUUCCGUGUCUCUCCCGCUCUUUGCCUUUUUUAUAAUUACACGUGAUUAUUGCAAUAAUAGAUAUGGUCGGUACGCGUUGCUUCGACGAGAGCGUUCGACGCGUGACGAAAAAAAAAAUAGACGGUGCGAUAUCGGGGAAGAAAAAAAAGAAAGGGAGGAAAUAUUGUGCCUUAGUCCGUCUCAAAAGUGCCUGCUGCAAAAGCGGCUUCAAUAAUAAUCGCGCGAGCGCGCGCGCGCGCGCAUUAGAAUUUAAGACCACGGGCAAUUAUUAUUAUUCGUCGUGAAUCGUUAUGUAAUACGGAGAAUUUUUGUACAUAAAUAACAUAGAUAUAGUUGACCGCGAAUCUACGAUAAUUAACUACUCAGCGAUACUUUCCAAUUGUUGUUCAAACACUAUUACGCGAGAGCGCAUUUUCUUGUUUCCUUUUGUUUUUCGUUUCAAAUAUUUGCGCUUCGAGGAUCAAAAGCUCGGAUGGUUUUGUCGAGAGAUACGAAAGAGAGCUUCCAAGCAUGGAGAUCGACGAGUCUUGCCUUCAAUUUUGCUGGCUGAAAUUGUUUCAAUACUCGUGUCGAACGAACGAAGGAAAAAGGGAUAAGAAAGAGAGGAAUGAGAAAAUAAAAUUGCUCCGAAUCGAUGGGAUGUUAUUGAAAAAGCGUACUCGCCUUGAAAAAGAAAAGAAAAUAAAAGCUAAUCAAAAUUUUUGAUACCGAACCGACUGUAACGUUUAAGUUUUAUAUUCUUUCUCUCUUUCGUUUUAUUUACUUUUUUUGUUUUUCGUAUUUUAUCGCGAUUUUAGAUUGAUAAGGGAACAAGAUGAGAGUCGCGUUGAGGCGUGGAACGUUGAUGGGAAACCGAUGCUAUUCUGUACUGUGCCAAAACCGAUAAAACAAUUAUCGUUCAUAGUUAAACGAUAAAGAAAAGUAAACCCUCAGAUAAUAAUGUUAUUAAUCGAUCGAGCGUCAGAAGCCGUUUACCGAUAUAGUGCGGUACUUUAGCUCACACCACACCAACGAAAAGACACAAACACCCACACAUACACGCACACACCGAACCACGGACACGAUAAAAUUCUGCAUUGUAUUUACUGUAAUUCAUUUAUUAGUAUCGAGCGAAUAACGAAUUGUACCUAUUUGUUGAAUAAUUGCUAAAAGAAACACUAAAUUACUUCGUAAUUUGUAAUAAAAAUGGAUGAUGUACCGAAGGAAGAAAAAAAAAAGAAAAUAGGGAAAGAAACGAAGCAAGGAAAGUGUGGAUAAAUCGAAAUUAGAUACAAGUUGUAUGCCGAUUUCAGUAUUUUUCAUUGAAUAAACAGCAAAAUGAU